AUGGUGUCCCGAUCUUCUCCUAUUGCUAGAGACCUGCAAGGAGUUGGAGUCAAAACCUGGUACAUGAGCAAUAAGAUGGCUAAUAUGAUCACCGGAAGUUGCAACUGUGGCCGGCAUGUCUACACCAUCCCUAAGCCCACAGACAUGAACCUAUGCCACUGCAUCGAGUGCCGCAAAUGGGCCGGCGCAAUGCACUCGGCCCAUCUGUUUGUGAAGACCGCAGAAAUUGAGACAACGAGUCCCGAGCCAAAGACGUACACGCAGAAGGCGGACAGCGGGAACGAGAUGACGCGCGCGUGGUGCGACGGCUGCGGCGCCGGCAUCUGGCUAAGGUCGGCUAACAAGCCUGACUUGACGUUCCUCAAGGCAGGACUUUUCGAGCCCGGUGAUAUACCCAAUCCUACCAUGGAAAACUGGUUGAAAAACAUGGAGCCUUGGGAAACACCGGCCAAGGGGACUCAAAAGACAGCUCAGGCGGGCUUUGAAUGA